CCGGACAUGACUUCUAUAAAGGAGCAAGCAGCAAUCAGUAGAUUAAUAACUUUCCUACAAGAAUGGGAUAGUGCUAACAAAGUUACUCGAAAACAUAUUCUUCAAAAUUUCAUUCUUGCUAACCAAGGCAAGACUGGUCCAGAACUUGAGAAAGAAUUCUCUCAGGGAGCCAGUUUGUUUCUGGCACGAAUAACUGCCUGGCUCCGGCUAACCUAUAUGUAUGGAACAUGCCUGGAAAAACAGUUAAAAUCAAUUGGUAUCUUCCUUUCAGCUGCAAGUGGCCAGCGGUAUCUUCUUGAAUUCCUAGAAAUUGGUGGUAUCCUCACAUUAUUGGAAAUACUUGGGCUGAAACAACUGAAAGAGGAAGACAAAAUGGAGUCUGUAAAACUUCUUCAGUUAGUGGCAAAAUCUGGCAGGAAAUUCAAAGAGCUUAUCUGUGAAAGCUAUGGUGUACGAUCAAUUGCUGAAUUUUUUGCCACUUCCAAAUCAGAAGAAACACAAGAGCAGGUGCAGAUUCUUCUGGAUACAUUAGGACAUGGCAACCCCAAAUAUCAAAAUCAGGUGUACAAAGGGCUGAUUGCUCUUUUAAAGUGCACUUCUCCCAAAGCCCAGCAGCUGUCACUACAAACACUCAGGAUAAUACAGUCAAUUGUGGGAAAAGCCCAUCCAAGCAUUGUUGAUUCUGUGCUGAGUGUGCUUCGCUCUCUGAAUUUCGAGGUACAGUAUGAAGCUAUCCAACUGAUUAAGGACCUUAUAGCCCAUGAUGUGCGACCAGCUCUGCUAAAAGGCUUAGUUGCAUUACUAAAGCCAUCAAGGCAGGAGACAGCCAAGAUGCAAGCAAGAAUCCUAGAAGAAGCAGGCUCUUUGCGCCUGAUGGAAUCCUUGCCAGCAUAUGUUCAGCAAGCUGCAGCAGCCAAAACCAUUGGAAUUCUGGCGAAGGAGUCUAGAGAAGUGGCGGAGGAGUUGAUAUUCUUGAAUGUGGUACAUGGCCUUAUGUGUGUCAUGGGCAACAAGGACCACACCAAUGGUCAAAGACAAGCUAGCAUCACAUUAGAGUAUUUUGUACAGAUGUCUAUAGUGAUUGAGAACUACGUUCAGAGGGCCAUGGGAGAAAAAUUAUUCGAGCUAUUCAUGCAAGAUGCUGAAAAUUUGUACUUGAAUAUGGACGCUGUACAGGCUGAUAUACUGGCUACCAAUAUAGUCAAUAUCCCAGCAGAUUGUUUGGAUAAAGGAAAAACCUCUUUUACAGAGACAGAAUCAAGCCCUGAAGAAUUGCACUCUGAAGACAGUGAAAUAUUAUCUGAGCCACUUGCUUAAUUUCAUUCAUAUUGUUGAUUUUAAUCUUCUCUCCAUUUUUCUGCACCCUUUUCACAAAGUACCUUUUUCAAAAUCUUUUCAUGCAUCCCUGUGAAGAAAAUAUGGAGGACUAUAUAACUGCAGUGCAAACUGUGUGCCAUUUGCGACAUUGGAACAGGUGAUUUCUAUUUUCAUUGACUAGAUAAUUACUUGACUAGUUUUCUAUCUGUUGCAGUACAGAUUAUACUAAACUACAGUUCCCAUAAUCUUGCAACAAAUAGCAACGGUUCAAUACCACUGAAGGAGAUAAAACUCAGGAAAAUUUAAGGAACAAAAAUGGUUUUUAUCAUUGGAUAAUUUUUGACCAGUUUCAUAGCCCAACUCUAAUUCAUAUCAUUAUGAAUUAUAUAUUAAUGUGGAACAGCUCCUUGUACAACUAAUUUACAUUCUAAAAGAGGAAACGGAAUAUCUAUGUUAAAUAAAAUUGCAUUGAAUUGUUGAAUUUAAUUUGUUCUUCAAGAUUAUACUUACUUUCAAAUUAAUUUGCUUAAAUACUCACCUGAAUACAUACCUUCUGAUGCAUUCUCUUAUAGCCUGUAUCUCCAAGAACAUAAUCUUUCCAAAUAUACAUACAUGUUUUUGCUAAAAGCCAACCUUAAUGCACAAUAAAUGUUUUUAAUUGUUUCAUUAUUCCAACUGGAAUGAGACUAGUAGUUACAAUUUAACAACUGGAAUAUAGCUGUCUACUCUGAAAUUUUCCCCAAAUUCAUAAACAUCAUUUAUUUGGUCUGAAAAUAAAUGUAAACUUGUCUUUUCAUUAAUUAUUAAAUAUAUAAUUAUUUAUUUUUCAGUAGCAAAACAAGAUUUUUAAAAAGUAAAACUUGUUUAAUAAAGGUUUCUAUCUUAAAACCUUUGAUUUUAGGUGCAACCACAUAUACUUAGGGCUAUCAGUUUCCAGAAAUUUAUAUUUAGAACAAUGGUUGAUAUUCUUGCUAUGUGAUCCAUUCAUCUAUUACUGUAUUCAGAGCACCAUAACGUUCCAAUCAACGACACUGUUAAAUUGCAUUUUCAAAAUUCUGUGAAUCCUUCAGUAGCCCUAUUUUUAUGUGUACUUGUGCAAUCAUUUUUAGACAAUAACUAUCUGAAAAGAAAGAC